UUGACGACGACGACAACGACGGCGGGUCCGGGCGGGGGUGGCCAUGCUGCUCACUGUGUUCUGCCUGCGCCGCGACCGCUCCGAGAUCACCUUCAACCUGCAGGUGGACGCCGACUUCGAGCUGCAGAAUUUCCGCGCCCUUUGCGAGCUGGAAUCCGGCAUCCCGGCGGCCGAGAGCCAGAUUGUUUAUGCGGAGCAGCCGCUGACCGACAACAACAGGUCCUUGGCCUCCUAUGGCUUGAAGGACGGGGACGUGGUGAUCCUGCGCCAGAAGGAGACGGUGGAGCCGCGACCUUCCAUGCGCUUCCCAGGUCUGCCCAGGAUAGAUUUCAGCAGCAUCGCGGUUCCCGGGACGUCCACGCAGCAGCACCAGCCCCCAGCGCAGCGUCCCCGCCCGUCGCCUCCAGACCCGCCCUCGUUCCCUCAGGGCCUGGACAACCCGGCGCUGCUGCGGGAGAUGCUGCUGGCCAACCCCCACGAGCUGUCCCUGCUGAAGGAGCGCAACCCGCCCCUGGCCGAGGCCUUGCUGAGCGGGGACCUCGAGAAAUUCACCAGGGUGUUGCUGGAGCAACAGCAGGACCGAGCCCGGCGGGAGCAGGAGAGGAUCCGGCUGUAUUCCGCUGACCCCUUUGAUCUCGAGGCACAGGCCAAGAUAGAAGAAGACAUAAGGCAACAAAACAUUGAGGAGAACAUGACGAUAGCAAUGGAAGAGGCACCCGAGAGCUUUGGGCAGGUGGUGAUGCUCUACAUCAACUGCAAAGUCAAUGGACACCCUGUGAAAGCCUUUGUGGACUCAGGUGCCCAGAUGACCAUCAUGAGCCAAGCCUGUGCUGAAAGGUGCAACAUCAUGAGGCUGGUGGAUCGGCGGUGGGCUGGCAUUGCUAAGGGUGUUGGGACACAGAAAAUCAUUGGUAGAGUGCACUUAGCUCAGGUGCAGAUCGAAGGAGAUUUCCUGGCGUGCUCCUUCUCAAUCCUUGAAGAGCAGCCCAUGGACAUGCUCCUAGGACUGGAUAUGCUUAAGAGGCAUCAGUGCUCCAUUGAUCUCAAGAAGAACGUGCUGGUGAUUGGCACCACCGGCUCACAGACCUCGUUCCUGCCCGAAGGCGAGCUGCCCGAGUGUGCGCGGCUGGCGUAUGGCGCGGGGCGUGACGACAAUAGUGACAAAGAAACUACCUCACUGGAAAUGCCCUCGUUACCAGCUUCUGAUGGGUUUCAAAAUCCAGUCCAGUCUUCAGGACUAAAUUCCAAGAUCUGUAAUCCCACAAAUCAGUUACUUGAUCGUUCUGUCUCUGCCCCUGCUUCAAUUUGCUCAUCCGAAUCCAGCCUUGCAGAGCCCAUUGAUACUAGAACCAUCAACUCUUCACCUGAAUACCAAAUAACCCCAGAAAAAGAACAACCUCUGGUAUCACAGCAUCAUUCCAAUAGCUCUUCCUUGGCAAAUAAUGACCCUUCCCCACACACCGGAGAUGGAACCUGUUCCAAUCCAGCUUGCCUUUCACAGAAGACAUUCAAAGAAACAUUUAGUGCUGACAUUUUAAAGGAAUGUAAUGCUAAAGAACAAGAUCAUGGUCAGGAACAUCCUCUGGAGGUGACAAAAGUCAAUUUGGUUGACACUGCUGCCAAGCACAGGCAGGAUAAAGGUAUCUGUCUAUUUUCAGAGCAGGAGCAAAAACAUGAGCUUCCCACAGAUCGUUGGAUGUGCAAAGAGCCAGAAAAGGAACAUCUUGAGGAGCAAACUGAGACAACUGACCCAGAACCUCCUUGCUCUGUUGGUGGGGUUCAGAAACCUGCUGUGGCAAAAGUCAAACAGCCAGAAAAUCCUCCCAUGGAAAUGGGAGAUGGACUGGAGAGAGCAGGUCUUUUCUGUGUGAAAGGGAGUAUCCAACUGUCAGCCUCCUGUAGCCAUGUGCACAUGGAAGCCUCCAUGGAAAUAGAUGCAGUGGAGCAGGCUGCAGCUGAAGUGCAGAGCUCAGCAAAGCAACAGAAGCAGCAGACUGAGAACAGACGUAUAUCCAACCUGAACUCAGAGGCCUUCUCCAUAGAGGUGGAGUUGCUGAAGUCUCCGUCCUCCUUGAGUGAUCCUCUUUCCACCAGUGAUGUCCUGCAGUCUAAAAGCACUAGUGAAAUUCCUGCAAAGUAUCAUGAGUUGGCUAAUUCAGCAGCAGCCAGCUCUUCCCCCUCCAGCACCCAACAGCUGGAAGCAGAUCCAGGAAGACCUUCAGAAGAGCCAUGUUUCCCUCUAGCAUCAGCCUUGAAAGAACUUCACAAACUCUUGGUUACCAGUCGGAAAGAAGAAUGUAAGAUCCUUGCCUCGGAAGAAGUCUCACAGCUGGAAAUGGCUCACAGAGAGCCAGCAGUGCAGCAGAAGGGGCUUCCUGAAGGUGAGUGGAAAGGCUCGGAUCCAGUCAGCCAGGAACAGAGCUGUCCCUUUGCUGAUGUGAGGUCUGAGGGUGGAGGAGAAGAGGGGAGCCAGCCUUGUGAUUCUGGCAGAGAGCACAUCAGCACCAGGCCCAUCAGUCCUGGGCAGCUUGUGCUCAGGGGAGAUGCUUUAGAGAGGCAGAAGAGUUCAGGUAAGAGUGAUGUGGCUGUGGUGAGUUCUGCAGCCACCCCUGGCCAGCAGCAGAGCCCAGAGCAGAGGGAGGUUUUGGCAAGAGUUUCUCAGAGUCCACCCAGUCCAACUUUGGAGCAAAGCACACCUGUUUCCUCCACAUCUGCUUCAGGUGAAGGAGCACCACAGGAUACUCAGAGCCUGUUCACAGGAGUACCAGGGGGAAGUGGCAGUGCUGCUCCUGAAGGUCUAUGGCCAGUGGGUGGGAGUGAAGAACCACCACUCAGCCCCCCAGCUGCCUACACCAGACUGACCACAGGGGCUUCUCCACCUCCUGCUUUCCCUGUGGCUGAUGUUGACCGGAUCCUUGGUGCUGGUUUUACCCCCCAGGAAGCUCUCCAGGCCUUGGAACAAGCAGGCGGAAAUGCAGAUCUUGCUCUUCUCAUUUUGCUAGCCAAGAACAUCGUUGUUCCCACAUAACUGUGGAAGAGGGAGCUGACUGGGGGAUCUUUUCUCCUACAGGAGUAUCUCAGUUACACACCACAAUGGACAAGCAGAAUGUUGAGCCAGAUUUUUUUAAUUAUUUGCAGCCAAAGUAAUACAUCUCUUCUGUUUCACUUGUUAGAUUUGGGCUUUGAAAAGAAAGAAAAUGUCCUUGCAUUGUGUGGACAGGAUAACUUUUAAUCAUUCAUACUGGAUUAAAACUACUGGUUUUAUUUAAAUGUACAAUUUUAGAAUAAUCUCCAAUGCUAUGAAUAAAAAGCAGCAGCCACUGCA